AUGAAACUUCAACUAAUUUAAAUUAAUAAGUGUUCUUUUGUUAUUGAAAUGAUUAUAGUUUUUCUUUUUUUGAAACUAAGUUAUCCUUUAGUUAUUGAUUUAUUAAGAGUCUAUUAUAAAAAAUACAAAACCUUGCUCCUAAAUAAUUUAUACGAAGCAUUGAAAAUAAUAAAUUGCCAUUUAAGUCUAACUCUUUAUGUAAAUAAAAAAUUAAAUUAAAUGAAGUAACUAGAAUAAAAAUUAAAAACAAAUUUAAUUGAAUAUUUAUUUUAAAUAUCAAAAUUUUAAUUAGAAUCAUAAAAUCACUAAUAUUAUUAUUAUCAAGAUCUCUCGUGA